AUGCUCGUUGUCAAUAUGAUCAAAUCUUUCGUCCCAAGCAUCCAUCCCCUCUUUUCGCAGCUGAAUGAGUUUGCAACAGAACCCACACCAGAAUUGGAACUGCCCAUUACGACCGAUCUCAUUAUGUCUCGCGGUCUGCUUUGUCUGCUGGUCGUCAAGGAGGUGUUCGGAUCGGAGGUGUUGAUAGAAUUUGUCUUUUCUGUCGAAAAGACGGGCACAAUCCGUGCGCCGCAAAGGGAUAGCUGGAGGGAAAUCCUCACGGUCUGGUCUUUCCAUCAAGGUCUCAUCUCUGCUGGCUACGUUAUUUCUCGUGGUAUGCAUUACUGGACAACGCCAGCACCGGAGCUGGAAAUGUUGGGUGUUCUCGUGACGCUUCCAGUCGUUUUUACUUCCAAAACUCUUAAAGCACCUAGGAUGAGUGCAGCCGUAGGGUCGAGAAUGGCGCUUCUCGUGCUUCCUAGAGUUUACUGGUUAGCAAUCAACGUCUCCAAUCAGGCAGGGGUGAAGAGAAAAAGCCAAGCAUACUUCAGGUGGGCCCAUUUCCGUUUCGUGGUAUCGCCGGUGUAG